AUGGCACGCAAAUACCUUGGCGGGUCCGGAGAAAGGCUCACCAUCUGGAUCAGCAUCGCAGCUAGUACAGUGCUCAUCUUCUAUGGAUACGACCAAGGCGUGUUUGGAAAUGUAAUUAUCAAUGAACACUUUCUCACCACCUUCGGACAUCCUUCGGCGAAUAUGCAGGGCGUGAUGACCUCCAUCUACAAUAUUGGCUGCUUCAUAGGUGCCAUGUCUACAAUCUGGACCGGAGAUAUCCUUGGCCGUCCGCGACAGAUCAUCUUGGGAUCAACUGUAAUUGGCAUCGGCGCAAUCAUCCAGACAGCAAGCUACGGCGUCCCUCAGAUGAUGGUCGGGAGAAUCGUAGCGGGUCUUGGCACUGGUAUGAAUACCGCAACAGCGGGAGUAUGGCAAGCCGAGACGAGCAAAAUGAGCAGCAGAGGCAAAUUGGUCAUCAUUCAGAUGGCAAACUGCAUCACUGGCUUCUCGAUAAGUAAUUGGCUGACCCUAGCUUUCUCCUUCGCACCGGGCGACGUCGCCUGGCGUUUCCCACUGGCCUUCCAGCUCUUUUUCACAUUCUGCAUCUACGCACUGUGUCCGUUCCUCCCUGACUCACCUCGUCUGCUCAUUCGAAAAGGGAAGCCCGACGAAGCACUUGAGGUUUUGGCAGCCCUCGAAGGACAUGGAGCUACUCCGGAAUCCGCAUCAGUGCGCACGCAGUACAAUAUCAUCAAGGAUAUUCUCGACCGUGAGCACAUGAACACGUAUACUUGGUGGCAAUUGUUGUCCGGCAAGGGCCCGAGCGGUGUUUUGAGACGCAUGAUUCUAGGUGCUUGGAUGCAGGCCAUGAAUCAGAUAUCAGGGAUCAACGUGACCAGCUACUACAUGUCCUACAUUUUCAUCAACGCCCUGGGUAUCUCUGAGCUACUGAGUCGUAUCCUAGCUGCGGCGGGAUCAGUAGACUAUCUAGUAUUCGCGUGUCUUGCCUUCUUCGUGAUCGAAAGAUACGGGCGACGCAAGGUCAUGAUGGUAUCUGCAGCCGCAUGCUCAACUUGUUGGAUCGUCAUUGCCAUUGCUCUAGGUUUAUCGGCAAAUGGUGGAGACUCAUACAAGCUUGGCAUAGUCGCAGUAUCAUUCUUCUUCGUCUUCUUCGCCAGCUUUGGCAUGGGAGUGCUCGGUGUGCCAUGGCUUUAUCCCACAGAGAUCAAUGCCCUAGAGAUGCGAACCAAAGGUGCCUCGUUGGCCAUGAGCACGAACUGGAUUAUGAACUAUGCCGUCGUGCAAGUCACGCUUCCCGGGAUCCAGAACAUCGGCUGGAAGUUUUGGAUCAUCUGGGCUGUGAUAUGUUUCUCGUUCAUCCCCAUCACGUACUUCUUUUACCCAGAGACAGCCAACCGCACCCUCGAGGACAUCGAUCGAUUCUUCGAAACGAACCCAGGCUUGUUCGUUCAUCGCAACAAGUUGGCUAUACAGCUGCACCGACCUGUCGAAUUCAUUGAGGCUGACGAGCGGAUUGCUACAGCACAGGCUGAAGAGGAAAAGAACCUGGGCGAAAAGACGGACUUUGUAGAGAUAAAAGAGGCGGUUUAGACGCAUGUACCGAAGAAGUGAAAUAUCUGAUUAUCGAGAUGGGAACCUGCAACCGAAUCACGGCUCGUUCUCGUAUCCAUCCAAGAAAUUCACCGUCAGCACGUUUCGCCUCUCCUUGAGCAAAGCCUCUCUCCCUUUCUCCAAUAAUCG